AUGGGUUGCGCAUCGUCUAAGCAAGUGAAAGCCAACGUCGUCGCCGACGUUUACAAACCACCGCCGUCGAGUUUCGCGGUGUUUGAUAUCAACGCCAUCGAAGAGCCAUGGCUCAAACUCGAGCAAGAAGAUGAUGAAAAGCCCACACGCGCCGCCGUACAAUUCACCAUCGAGGAUGGUGAUGAUGACGCUCCUAAAACAUGGGAUGAGGUCAGCAAGUCUCUUGAAACCCACCUUAAACCAGCCCCCGCCGUUAAAUCGCCGGAAGUUGUCUCCGUUAAAUCUCCGGCGACUCCUCCACGACGGCUUCCGAGGAAGAGCGCAUCGUUCCACACACUUAACGAGCUCGAAACGAGGGCGAGAAAAGACAUCGCCGCUCAAAACCCGAUAAAGACUGUCAAGCUUAAGAAAACCGAGUCGAUGUCCGAGUUAAGACCCGAGUUCACUCGGACGGAGUCGGCUCGGACCGAGCCCUCCCAGUCGUACUCGGGGUCUCGGUCGGUGAAGGAGAACAUAUUCGUGCUGAGAGACAGAGAGCGGAGGGAGAAAGAAGGGAACAAGAAACCGGUGAUGAACUGGGACCCACUGAGGGAGUUUCCGGAGAAGUGUCCUCCCGGAGGAGGCGACGGAUUGGUGGUGUACACGACGUCGCUGCAAGGAGUGCGUCGCACGUACGAGGAUUGCAUGCGAGUGAGAGCGAUCAUGGAGCAGCAAGGAGUGGUGGUGGACGAGAGGGACGUGGCCUUAGACGCGGGAGUGUUGAGCGAGCUCAAGGAGCUUCUCCAAGACGAAGCAACGGUGGCGCCGCCGAGAGUGUUUGUGAAAGGGAGGUACUUGGGAGGAGCGGCGGAAGUGACGGCGAUGAACGAGAACGGGAAGUUAGGGAGAGUGUUGAGGUGGGCACGUGUGGAGAGAGUAGGGGAGGAAGGGAGGCACACGUGUGAAGGGUGUGGAGGAGCAAGGUGGUUGCCUUGUUUGGAGUGCGGCGGUAGCUGUAGGGUUGCGUCGGCGGUUGUGGCGGCUAAGGGCGAAAGAUGGGAGAGGUGUGUCAAGUGUAAUGAGAAUGGACUGAUACGUUGUCCGGUUUGUUUUGUUGGUUAA